CAGUAUCAGCUGCUUAUUAAUCUUUAAAGAAAUGUUUUUUUUUUCAAAACACAUUUUACAGUACAUCAGUGGUUAUUAUUUUUCUGAUUUAUAUGUUCCAUUUUACAGAUUCUAUUGAGGUCAACAUUUAUAUUUCUUAUAAUAACAUUGCUAUUUAGCUGUGAAGAAUAAGCUCCAAGCAGGCUACUGAGCCAAAGUGACAGAUGGUACCAAGGCAGUCUCACAGUGUUGUAACCAUUGGUCUUGCCUUCUAGUCCCUUGUAACAGACUUCAGCAUGAGCAAAAAAGUGGCACAUGGUUUGUCCUGGUACUCAAAACAUCAGCACGGCCAGACUAUGGGUGGCAAGAUCUCAAGAGACCUGCCUGCCUGCACCAGCUCCUUUUGAACUUUGGAUCCAUAUUCACUGCACUUAUUGAAAUGGCAUGUAGCUGCUGUUCUGAAGGGGGAUCCUCUGCUACGCCUUUGAUGUUCACGACUGUGUCCAAAGCAGGCAAACCAUUCCCGCUGCUCUGUUUUCCAUUUAGGCUGACAUUUUUCUUCUUUGGGAGAGGAGUUUUGAAGUGAAACAGACAAAAUGACACGCUUGCAUGGUUUGGACAUCUGUUCUCUGCUUUAUUUAAGACUGAAGGUUGGAUCUAAACCUGGAAUUACUGUAUGGAUUUAAUAGAUGCAAUGAUUAAACAGAAAAGUGAUGUGAUAGAGGGUUCAUGCUUUUAUUGUUUAUUUUAUUGAUCUCAUUGAAAUCUAGAAGUUAUUUCUGAAUAUUAUUGUUUGUCGUUCUCAUUCUUACCACUCACUUUAAUUGCUGGCUCUUGUAAAGGUGCCACUUAGAACCUUUUUCAUCUGGCAUCACACAGGACAGUGACAGAAACAGAGCCUAUACAGUUCAAUACAUUGAACAGAUACUGUCACAAUGUAAUAGAGGGGAAAUUAUUUUCAUCUUGAAAAUUAAUGUAUAUACAUUUAUCCAUGUAUAUGUUUACACACACCACCAUAUAUUUAGGGGUAGGGAUGGGUAAUAUGGAUUUCAACAACUAUUGCAACAAGGAUAAAAGUGAUGGUAAAUAAAACUAUUUACAACAUGUUUGCAGUCUUUUUAGGUAAUUGUAUGGCUGUGACUGGAUGUUACAGCAAUCAUAGCCCCACAAACAGAAAUAGGUUUCUUCAGGACACCAGUUACAGAAAGAAGUGUGAUUCUCAUCACUAAACUGCCCACAGUUACCACAUUUAAUCAUGUUUUUGAAUUAAUUGAUAUUUAUAGAUACUGUCAUGGAACCAAAGGUGGAUAAAAUAAUAAAAAAUAACAAUUCUGACAAUAGUCAGCUUUGGGGUUUUCAAACAAUUAUUGUUUUCACGAUAAAUCCAAUUUCUUAUUAUGAUAAGGAUUUUUUUUAUGAAUGCCCAUCCCUAUUCAGGGGCCUAGUCGGGGCAGUUUUCUUGCAGGGACCGCCCCUGCAUGUUUACUAUCAAAAAGUAUUGUUCCACCUCUCCCGUCUCAUAGUGAAGCAGUUUAAAGUGUGUGUUCCUCUCCUUGCAAGAUCAGUGGAUUGUCCCCCACGCUGAGACAGCAGCAUCCCUGCUAGGUGCAUGCAUUUUCACGGUGGGCUGUCCUUUGAAAGGGACAAUAAAACGUCUCGCACGGCCUAAAUCACAUUACGCACCAUUUGUCUUGCUUACUCGAAGUGUCACCGCCGUCUUCCGCUGCUCACACCGACGGUGCUCCUCUGCUACUGCCGCUGUACAAGGGCUAAGAUGAGAGGCAGACCCCCUGGUGUUAUCUUCUGAAAUGUCCACCCAGUCCUCCCCCAGAGAUCAGUAACGAUCCUGUAAGUUGUCCUAGUAAUUCUAAUUGAAUUGUAUAGGGAAUAGGAUUUCACCAUGACCAUCUACAGAAACUGUCUGGCUUUUUUUUUUUUUUUUGGUCAUUUUAAUUCUAGGACUGAAAAGCAUACGGAGUGGGCAAGCGCUCCUCUUGAUCUUUCAUCAGAAUAAGUGGAAAUUAAAGCCAGCUGCACCUCAGUUUGAUGAGGAUUGGGUUCAAAGGGAUGAAAGAGUUAAUCAGAGGGGAGGGCACAUGGAGGGGAGCGGGGGGGUGUUUGGUAUAAAACCAGCUCCACAACACACAACAACACCAGCGUGCGUCUGCCUUAUUUCCCCCUGCAGGUCUCUUCAUUCCCGUGGGCUCACAACUGUGUAAGCCCCAUGCUGAUCCUGACUUGGAAGAUCUCCUUAAUUUUUCUAAGGUUCUACCUGUGCUGUUAGUCUGAAGGUAUUGUCGCUAGACUAUGCAACGCACAAUGCGGACAGCGCAGAAAGUUGCGCAAAGCGGAUGAAGUGGAGAAGUAAAGAAAACCUGUGGCAUGAGGUUGAAAAUGCGGCGAGGCAACGCAGCAGCAAAUCUUCUGAGCUUGGAGAUCUGACAAGAGCGGAAAGUCUUAAUGCUGGAUCAGUCCUACAGGCUGGAGUUGGCUUUGAACUUUUUAAGGUGUUGACUCAUGCAGUCUCAAUCAAAUUAUAUGAUUAGAAAGCAGGACAAUUAGUUUAGGUAAGAAACAAACUUGGAUCCAAGUUCAUCUUCAGUUCCUCGCAUUCUCUGACUGCUUCUCCUCCUCUGCGAUCCGUUUCCCCUCGUUUUUUUUUUUUUUUUUUUGCACCUCUGAUUCCCGAAGUGGCUCCGAAGUGGUGUUGCGGCUCCUCGUCCCCGGCGGAUCCGGAGAUUGGAGUCUGUGCACCGGGAGGAAGCGGAGUCGGAGCUCCGGCCACACCGCGGGCUCCAAAGAGCGGCCGCGUCAAGAGCAUGGUGCGGCUGGCAGCAGAGCUCCUGCUGCUCCUGGGACUUCUUCUCCUUACCUUACACAUCACAGUACUGCGGAGCAACCCGCUGCCCCAUGGAAAUGCUACAGUGAGCCUGGAUCAGGACACUACGCUUACAGAGCAAAACACCUUAAAUGCAAGACGUAGCUCAUCUGCACAGCUGGCUCUGGAAGACCGGAGGUCUGGUCUAGAGCACAGGACAGCCCAUCAGCCAGCAACCCUGCCCUGGGUGCAAGGCAGCAACGUACAUAAGGAUGGCCCUGGAGCUUUCCUCCUGGAUCUGCACAAUUUUCCAGACCUCUCCAAAGCUGAUAUUAAUGGACAGAACCCCAAUAUACAGGUGACCAUUGAGGUGGUGGAUGGACUAGAAAGCCAUGAACCAGAGAAAGGUCUCCGCAAGGAGAGCAAGCCCAACUGGGCCUCCCCUAACUGGAGAAACUGGUGGCCUCACACAUCAUCUUCGUCCUCUCAUCAAACGGAGGAGCAUGAUCGCUCCUAUGGGAGAAAAACUGAGGACAGCAACUUUCUCAGGCCACCGUCAGACUGGGACAGGAGAGGAAGUAAAGCUCAAACUGAAUACGACUACAUGGAUGGAGAAGGAGACUGGAGUAACUGGUCAGCAUGCAGUGUCACUUGUGGAAAUGGCAACCAAAAGAGAACCAGGUCCUGUGGUUAUGCCUGUACAGCCACAGAGUCUAGAACAUGUGACAUGCCCAACUGCCCAGGUUUCGAAGAUGCCUUCAAGACGGCAGCUACUGAAGUGAGCAUGCUGGCUGGGAAAAAUGAAUUCAACGCCACAGAGCUUUUUGGUGUUGACACAGACAGCUGUGAGCGAUGGAUGAACUGCAAGAGUGAGUUUUUAAAGAAGUACAUGACCAAAGUGGCUAACGACCUUCCCAGCUGCCCCUGCUCUUACCCGACCGAGGUGGCGUACAGCACAGCAGACGUGCACGACACCCUUAUGCGUCGAGAUUUCCGCUGGAAAGACGCCAGUGGCCCUAAAGAGAAACUCGAGAUCUACAAGCCCACAGCCCGAUACUGCAUCCGCUCCAUGCUGACCCUGGAAUCCACCACGCUGGCCGCACAGCACUGCUGCUAUGACGACAGCAUGAAGCUCGUUACUCGGGGCAAAGGUGCUGGCACGCCGAACCUCAUCAGCACAGAGUUCUCCGCAGACCUGCACUACAAAGUGGACAUCCUCCCCUGGAUCAUCUGCAAAGGAGACUGGAGCCGCUACAACCAGGCCAGGCCACCAAACAAUGGGCAGAAGUGUCCAGAAAAUCCUCAGGAUGAGGAUUAUUACAAACAGUUUGAAGAAGCAAGGGAAUUCUAGUCCACUGUGCAGUGAAAGGACUAAAAUAAUACACAGUUCAGAUUAGACUCAGAGACCCAUACAUGCUCACACAAAGCACACUUGUCAUAAACCUGUCAUCAGUUUUUUUUGCUUUAGUGACAAGUUUUGUUUUUAGAAGAUACGCCUUUAUAAUUUUGCUGCAAUUUGUUUCUCAGAGUUGGUCACAAAAGGGAGAAAUUUCUUCAUACUUUUUAAAAGGGAAAGUUAUUAUUAUAGAAAUGUCAAUGUAGAUUGUGUCCAAGUUUGUCUCAGUAGAUGUUGCAGUAAUAGAAUAAUGAGUCUCCCCACAGGAGUGGGUAAGAAGGGGGCAAAGAACAGAGUGGCUUAAAUGUCUGUGCAGGUUUUAUCCAUGUAACCUUGUGGGUAUGAAUAUUUAGCAUGCACAUUUUUGUUUUGUUCAUGUACCCCUGUAAUAUUCUGUCUGGGAGGCAGUUCUUCGGUGUAAAAAGCCUGCAUUAGUUUUGUAAAGUAUUUAUUAAAGUGUAGCUGUGAUUGUG